AUGGGCAACAACAUGGCUAAUAUUCCUCCUGUAAAUGGACUGGCUAAUAUAAAUCAACGUGGACAAGCUUCACUUGAUCGUUCCCAACUCGAAGCGGCCAAAAUAUUUACACCGGCACGAAAUCAACAAUACAAAACAACGUCUCAAAUCAUUCAUUGUCCUCAUGGAGCUCAGCCGGACUGUGUUUGUGUGAAAGGAACAAAAUAUGAGCGCAUGUAA